AUGGCUUUCUUGAUGAAGAAGAAGAAAUUCAAAUUCCAAACCACUUUCACCCUGGAGGAGCUGACUGCUGUCCCCUUCGUGAACGGAGUCCUCUUCUGCAAGGUCCGUCUGCUGGAUGGCGGGGAUUUUGUCAGCCUGUCGUCAAGGGAGGAGGUGCAGGAGAACUGCGUGCGGUGGCGGAAGAGGUUCACCUUCGUGUGUAAGAUGAGCGCCAACCCGGCCACCGGCCUGCUGGACCCCUGCAUCUUCCGCGUGUCGGUGCGCAAGGAGCUGAAAGGCGGGAAGGCUUAUUCCAAGCUGGGCUUCGCCGACUUGAACCUGGCUGAAUUCGCAGGCUCAGGCUCCACAGUGCGUUGCUGCCUGCUGGAGGGAUAUGACACGAAGAACACUCGUCAGGACAACUCCAUCCUCAAGGUCACCAUCGGAAUGCUCCUGCUCUCUGGAGACCCCUGCUUUAAGACGCCACCAUCCACCGCCAAGUCCAUCUCCAUUCCGGGUCAGGACUCCUCCCUGCAGCUGACGCGCAAGGGCGGUGGGACCAGCGGCAGCGGCAGCGGCAGUGGCUCCCGGCCCCCCAAGGCGAGGCCCACCAUCCUCAGCUCAGGGGUGCCGGAGGAGCCCGAACAGAACCUGUCCAGCCCCGAGGAGGUGUUCCACUCCGGCCACUCCCGCAACUCCAGCUAUGCUAGCCAGCAGUCCAAGAUCUCUGGCUACAGCACGGAACACUCCCGCUCCUCCAGCCUCUCAGACUUGACGCACCGCCGCAACACGUCCACCAGCAGCAGCACCUCCGGCGGCCUCAGCCUGACUGUGGAGGGCCCCGAGGGCAGUGAGCGGGAACACCGGCCCCCUGAGAAGCCUCCGCGGCCGCCACGGCCCCAUCUGUCUGACCGUUCGUUCCGGCGGAAGAAGGACUCCGUGGAGAGCCACCCGACCUGGGUGGAUGACACUCGGAUCGACGCGGACGACAUCGUGGAGAAGAUCAUGCAAAGCCAGGACUUUACGGACGGCAGCAACACUGAGGACAGCAAUCUCCGGCUGUUCGUGAGCCGUGACGGCUCCACCACGCUGAGCGGCAUCCAGCUGGCAAACAGGGUCUCCUCUGGGGUCUAUGAGCCUGUUGUGAUCGAAAGCCAUUGAGGAGCGGGUGUCCAGGCUGGAGAAGGGCCCCGCCUCCGCGGGCAUCCAAGCCCACAUCAUUCCACGAGGGACCUUCCCCUUCGGCUCGCCAUCCAAGCUGCAUCUCAUCUGUGCCUCCUCCGUGUACUCCAGCCCCACCUCCUACCCCAAAACAUCAUUCCAUUGUCCUCCCAUCCGUCCCGGGACUCUCCUGGCCCACCAGGCCCCAGGCACCACUGUGAAUAUUCUCCUCUGAACCACUAGGGGGCAGGACGUGCAGGUCCAUGAAGCAGGUGGACAAGACAAAGAUGGCCAGGCCUGCCUGGGCUGGAGACCAAUCUGGCCCCUCGGCGAGGACAGGCGGCAGCACCUACAUGCAGGGAUGCUUGUGGCCGAGGGGCCACUUGCCCUGUGUCCCUGCUCACUCCGGCAGCAUUGGCUCAGCCUGCCCUGGCAGGGCCUUGCUCUACUGCCCCCUCGCCCUUGGGAGAGCCAGUCUGCCCCCAGAAUCCUGCCACCACGGCCCUCUGACUGCUUAGUGCUUCAGCUGUUCCUUCCCUGUGUCCCGGGGGACCCGCUGGCGGCCUUCUCCUGGGAACCAAGACCUCAGACCCAUCCACACUCCAGAUUGAGACCCCCUUCCCCAAUGAAUGUUCUCCUGCUGCCCCGGCAGCCUGCACUUUGCACAUGCUUGCCUCCAGCACAGCCCCACUGGCCCUUGUCUGCCUUUCCCUUGAGCCCUUCGCAAGGGUUUCUGAGCACUGCCUGCUGUGCGGUCAGCGCCUUGCCCCUAGCAGCCCGGCUGGAACGUGGCACUGCCUCUCCCCCAGUUAGCUCCAGCUCAGGCCUGACGCCCAUGCUGAAAAAGGUCUGAGCAUUGAUGGUGGCUCUCCUCUGCUCGGGGCUGGAUCCUGAGCAGCUGGUUUCCUGUAGGAAGCCACGGAAGGUGCCUCCCAAACCCUUGGAGGUUGGCAGUCGGGCUGGGCUGGGCUUGGCAAGCAAAGGCCCCUCUCUGUCCCUGGAGGGUCGCCUAGCCCAGUCUGGGGCUGAUGCUGGAGAGGCAGGUGGGCUGAGACUGGACUGGCCUGGAGCUGGCUUCCUGGCCAGAAAAGCCUCAGCCCUCCUCUGGAAGCAUCCCUCUCUCUGGGCGAAGGAGAGGCGGGGAGCAGUCUGGCCCUGCCCCUGCCCCUCACUAAAGCCUCUGCUGUCUGCCACGCCCCCUCCCCUGUCUUCCUUACUUGCUUGAAGGUGGGUUCUGGCUGCCCACCAGUCCCUGGACAGACUUCCUGCCACUCUGAAGUUUCACUCGUUUUGUGUGAACCCAGCAGGCUGGUGUUUACUUAGUCCUGUACCUUUUUUCUUUUUUUUUUAAAUUUCCCUUUCUUUUCUUUUCUUCCUUUUUUUUUUUUAAUUUCACAGUUUGGGUAUUUUCUCCUCCCCCAGGUGAGGGGAGGUGGUUCUGUUCUCUGCUCUACCUGCUGGCUGGGUCCCAGCAGGGCUGGGGAUCUGGAUACUGGUUCUCUCCCUGGUAGAGGUGCGGGUGCCAGUGAGGUGUCCUCCCCAGGCUGGGAGGGCUCCUUGCUGUUAUGCUCCAGCUGGCAAGAGUUGGAGCCUUUGUCUUGGAACCUCCUGGCCUUGGGAGCAGAGCAUUUCUAGGAUUCUUUGUUGUUGUUUUUAAUCCCCUAACUCUUAGAAAAUGAAUGUGAGGAGCUGCCUGCUGAGACAGGACAGAGCAUUUGCUCGGCUGGAGAAGGCUCUGGUUAGCCCUGCAGGUCUCUUCCUGCUCUGCAGACACCUGGCACUUUAAAAGGGAGCUGGCUGUGCUGUCUCCAGAUGAAGGGAACCCAGAAGAUGGGAGAGCACUCUCCUUCCCUUCUGUGUCUGCAUGACCUCAGCCCAGUGGGGAAGUGCAUUCAGGGUGUAUUUGGGAUCUGGCUCAAAGUUCUGGGCUUCAGGUAUAAAACAACUAGCUCUGGUGCUGUUGGAGAGUCCCCCAAACCAGGAACCCUAGCCCCACCCAAGGCAAGGUCUGGGCUUGAUGGUCGCCCCAGAAGGACACAGAGCCUGCCACAGCCUCCCCUGCCAGGCCCUAGGCCAGGGUAAUUAGACUGAGAAUUUGGCCAUAUCCAAAUUAACACUAGCUGGAGCCAGAGGCCUGAAGCCCCAGCCUCAUCCCCACGUGGGAGCCCAUUCUUCAACCUCUGGG